CUCCUCCCGAGUAAAAACGUGUCGCCAGCUGACUGUUUGUUUACUGGCCUUGGCGGAUGUGAGUGACUGCGGUUGACUGGCUCGCUCAAGGCCCCUCGGUCGCUACAGUCAUCUCCCAAAGCUGCAGUUCCUCUUGAGAAAAGUUUCGUAGUACAAAAUCGUGCAAAAAUGACCUCUAAGAAAGCUUCGGAUGUGAGCAAAAGAGAGGUGAAUGUAACAGGAAUGUCCUUUCUGCGAGGAUCAGCCAACUAUGUCUGGUGUACGACUUCUGUCUUGGGGAAGGGGGCCACAGGAGCCGUCUUCCAGGGCGUCAACAGGCAUACUGGAGAACCAGUUGCUGUCAAGACGUUUAAUCAGCUCUCACACAUGCGGCCACAUGAGGUACAAAUGCGUGAGUUUGAAGUACUUAAGAAGGUCAACCAUGAGAAUAUUGUAAAACUCCUGGCUAUUGAGGAAGAGCAAGAAGGUCGGGGGAAGGUGAUUGUGAUGGAGCUUUGUACCGGAGGCUCGCUCUUCAACAUUCUGGAUGAUCCAGAAAAUAGUCAUGGCCUGGAUGAGGACGAGUUUAUCUUGGUUCUGUCACAUCUUGCUGCAGGGAUGAAACACUUGAGGGACAAUAGUCUAGUACAUCGUGAUCUCAAACCGGGGAACAUCAUGAAGUUUACAGAUGUCGAUGGGUCCACUAUAUACAAGUUAACAGAUUUUGGUGCUGCUCGAGAAUUGCAAGACGACCAGCAGUUCAUGUCUCUAUAUGGAACAGAAGAGUAUUUGCACCCUGACAUGUAUGAACGUGCUGUGCUCAGAAAACCUGUUGGAAAGACUUUUGGAGCCAGGGUGGAUCUCUGGUCAAUAGGUGUGACACUUUACCACGUAGCCACAGGUCAGCUUCCUUUCCGCCCGUAUGGAGGCCGGCGUAACAAAGAGACCAUGUACCACAUAACAACGGAGAAGGCCCCAGGAGUCAUAUCAGGUGUACAGACUUCAGAAAACGGGCCAAUUGACUGGUGCACGGAGCUGCCUGAAACUUGCCAGUUGAGCCUGGGGCUACGUAAGUUGGUAACUCCUCUACUAGCAGGCCUCCUUGAAGUUGAUCCCCAGAGAAUGUGGAACUUUGAACGAUUCUUCCAGGAGGUUACUAUGAUAUUGAGCAAGAAAGUGGUCCACAUCUUCUUCGUAAACAAGGUGCAGCCUAUUACUGUAUACAUGGAUCCAGAACAUAGGUAUGAAGAACUCCAGUACCUGAUUUGUGAACAGACAGACAUGAAUCCAGUCAACCAGCUUCUGCUGUAUGACAAGAAACACUUGAGUGACAUUGUGGCUCCAGACCAACCGUCGUCUUCGUAUCCAUCAACAACUCCUCGAACGCCAUUGGUUCUCUUCUCAAAACAAGAUGAUGACAUCACACUCACUCUACCAGAAACUCCAGCUGUCAAAUUUGGAAGCUUCCCAACCUUGGUAAGUGUAGAACAUGAUGCUGCAGUGGGAAAGUCAAUGUGUUCAGUUGGCCAUGCUAUCAAGCGCAAGAUCGACUACUUCUCUAAAUGUGUCCACCUGAUGGAUUAUAGUGUUCUCAUGUUCAUUGAAGUGAUUGUCACCCAGUUAACGACUCUGCAAGACCGUGUUGGCCACGUCCAGUCCCUUACAUCAGCUAUCAGUGAUCGUUUUAGUCAGUUGGUAGCCAAUCACAGAAGAUUCCUUAUGUUGACUCAGAUGUGUGGAGGAAACCAGGACAGCAGCUCUCAACCCCUAAGAGAACGUCUAGAGGAUCUGGUCAACAACAAAGUUGAUGCUGAGAAAGCUGCCACACCAACCCAGGAGUCAUCACCCACCCAAUCAGCAGCCCAGAGGCUUGAAGAGAUGACGGGGGCCAUAGUCCUCGAGGAGAUGGUGGUCCGUGACUCCCUCAAUGCCAUGCUGCCAGUCGUGAACCAGCUGUACGAGAGGGUGGUCCGAGGAGGCCAGCUCCGUCGUCAGUGGCAGCAGGCUGGGAACAAUGCCGUAGCUGUGGAGAGGGCGCCAAACAAAGCCUCCACCUACGUCACCAAGCUCAGGGAGUCUUGGCAGCACUUGCUCAGAGAUAGAGCAGCAAGAACACUAACAUUUAACGAUGAGCAGUUCCACUUGCUCGAGAAGAUGAAAAUGAAAGAGACGGCAAAAUCCUUAGAAACCCUCCUGGCCUCCGUCACAGCUACACUUCACCACACUACAGAUAACUUGGCUGACUGGUGCAAAGUCGCCAAAGUCCAGCGAGUCCAGGCGGAGAUUGAAGAGGCAGAUGUGGAGAAGCAUGAGGGGCUGUUGUCUUCUUUCCAGGACACCUUAGGCAAUACAGAGGACCAGUACCACCAAACCCUCUCUGGACUCCUGGCAGCCAUUAAGGACAAGAAGUUACAGGACGACCCAAGAUUACAAACUGAGAAUCCAGACACAGGGGCGGCUAAGAUCAACAGUGGAACAGCCAGCACAAAUGAGUCUAAAGAGACGCAAAAGUCAAAGAAAGAAAGUUUGAAUAAGGCUCGGUUGAAACUCUCUUUGCGUGAAAUGUGCGAAGCCCAAGAAGAAGUUAUGAGACUGCUGGAGGAAAACGGUACAAUUAUCAAGAGAUUCCAGCGCAUUACAAGUCAGUCUGAUCUAUCGGAAGAGCAUUAGUGAAAGCAAGCAUUAUUAGUGAGAUUCUUUUGUCAUUAUAUUGUAUUUGCAAGCACUUGAUUAAUUUGUUUAUUUGUUUGUGUCUGUUAUUUAAGUUUUUAAGGUUAAUGGUCUAUGUUGUUGUACUUAGCAUAAAUUGCUUCAAGCAGAUUUUAUUUGUUAUUUUUUGUUAGUCAGAUUUCAAGAUUAUUGGCCUGUAUUAUUGUAGUUUAUGUGAAUUGUGUCAAGCAGAACUUGUAUAUAUUCAUUAACUGUACAUUAUCAUUUUGCAUUUAUUGAUCGAUUCACUUUACUAGUGUAACAAAGUCUGGUGCAUUACAUGAAUGAUUUUGUGAAAUCAAUUUGUAAAGGUAUUGAUGCACUGUUGUAUUACAUUUCCAAGAUAGAAAUUUAGAGAAAUGUAUGAGUGAUAGUAGAAAAUAAGAUAAAUUAUUAUUAUUAUUAUUUUUUUUUUUUAUGGAAAAUAAUGUGAGAUCAGCUUUAAUUGUAGACACUCAGUUUUAUCAUUAUUAAAAGUAGGAUAGAGAAAGUAUUUCCAUGCAUUUUGUACUAGGUAAUACACAAAGAAGCAAAGACACUUUAUGAUAAUUAUGAAGGGUAUCUUUAGUAAUGUUCUUUCUUUAUUAUUAUUAUUAUUAUUAUUAUUAUUAUUAUUAUUAUUAUUAUUAUUAUUAUCAUUAUCAUUAUUAUUACUAUUAUUAUUUUAUUUUAUUUAUUAUUAUUAUUUUUUACUGUUGCCACAGUGUCCUCAGUUGUUUUUGAUUGUUAAGAUGACAAGUUGUUGUUUUUUUAUUUGUGGUCUUAUAGAUUGCUUACUUUUAGGUAUGUCGUCUUCACAAAUAGAGUAUUCAGCCUGAGGGUGAUUAUAUAACCCCAGGUGUCAGGACUUGAGUGACAGUGAUUACACAUGCCAUCCAACCCAAAUGAAUGCAGGAAAUGCCCAACAAUUACAGCAAAAUUAUUGAAGGGUAUAUUCUUAUCAAUUUGUGUUAUAUUUUCCUUUUUUUUUUUUUUUUAUAUAUCAGAGUGAAGUGUUAAAGAAAACACUUGUUUAUAAGUUGAAUAGAUUUUGGUCAAGUUGUUUUCAAUAUGCAAGUAUUGUGAAUCAUCUAAAAUAUAUAUUCCAUCCUGCUGUUGGAACAUAUACCCAAUUUAUAGAUGUGUAUUUUUAAGUAAUUUCAAGAGUUAUUCUGAUCUUGUCUUACAUAGGAGCCAAGAUGUUUUCCAAAUCUGUGGCACUCAGAAUGGAAUCAAACUGUGUCUUGCACUGUGAAGUAGUCUGCUGCCCAUUUGGGGUGCAAGUGACAUGUGUAAUGGCAUUAUUAUGGAGCCAUUUACUAUGAAGAAUAGCAUGACUCAAUUACAAAUCCUUUUUUUAUAAUACUUAGUCUAGGUUGCACACAGACAUUGCAAGUUUAGCACCAUGAGAUUUCUGGGAGAGAAUUGUAAACUGUUUUUAGCAGUGUAACGUACGUAUCUGAUACUUUUUUUUCCACGUGAAUUUUAUUUUUAAGGUAAAUUAUGUUUUCUUCUUUCCAGUCACAUUUCUCUUUGAUAUCUUCCUUUCUAAUUAAAUCAUAAUGAUGUGCCUCUUCAAAUGUGGACAGGAAAAGGUUAUCUCUCCUGAUCAGGUUCACUCAGACCUGCUUGGUGUUCUUUCAUUUCUUUAUGUCAUAGCUCAUUCUUUUCUUUGGUAUUUAAGUUUCAUCCAUAUUUUAUCCUCUCAUAUUGUUUGCAUAAACUCAUAGAAGAGGUGAAAGAAUAUCAGUUUCCAGGACUUUGAAGAAAGCAUGAAAGAAUCACAUAGGCUUGUAAUUAUCUAUAGUGCAAAUUUUAAUAAAAUGCUGAUGUUAAUUAGAGGCAGUAUCUAAGAAUGGAAGCAAACAAGUGUAUGGAACUGUGAUGAAAAUAGAGACAUAUGGACACUUUUAUACAAAUUAUUGAAAUUUUAUGGGAGAUAGUGAUUACAUGUUUGAUUAUUGUAAAUAUUUAUAUAAAUAUGAUAUGAAAUCUUUUAUAUUUUAUAAGCAGAGGAAAUAUACAUUUAUCUCUGUG